UGCGGGUCUGAAGAGCGUCUUUCAGGCAGUGUGGAAGAACCGGUGCUGAGGCAGCGCGGAGGAUGAACUUUAUAAGCCUCCUCAGGUAGGAGCGGUCCAACAGUGUCCACCACUACAGCCUCCACCUCUCCUCCUGAAAUUUGAAUUUACAAGUCAGCACCUGCUGGACCUAUCACUCACCAACAAACACGAAUGCUACUCAUCAGAAGGCAUUUCUUUGAUCGCGGAGGCGAGCAACAUUGCAGUUGGCAGCAGAAGUCAUCAGUUCCAGACUCUCGACGCUGCAUUGCUUUUGUUUCGAGUAUUUUGACUGCGCAGCAAAUGUUCGUGUCAUCUUCAUUGCCAGGGGGGAAGCCACCUUGCUGAGAGGGUGUGGGAAUGUGCUGACAAGGCAGGCUGUCAAUGACCUGGGAUUACGGGGUAAGAGAAAGUGUCGAGCAGCUCCCUGUAGAGGAAUACGGUCGAUGUGCAGAGAGUGUUGGAUUGGCUUGAUGUAACCAGGAGAACUGCACAACAAAGUUGCUUUGCCUCUCUCUUGGAGGGCCACGUCGCUUCAGGUCUCCAUGGAGUUGCUGCAGGACUCCAGCCAUGCCAUGUGGGGCCUGAAUGCUCGACUGAAGAGCUUCAUGGAGCAGGUGAAUAGGCUGCAGGAGGCCAACCACCAGCUAGAGGCUCAGAUAGCCGAGUGGAGCAUCAGGACCGCCUCUGGCAGCCAGAACUGGUCCAAACAGGAGCAGACCAUCAAGGAGCUCCGUUCCCAGAUUUGUAAUCUACUCAUGGAGAACGCCCAGUUGGCAUUACAGUCUGACAACAUGAGGUCCAAAGCUACUGCAAUUCAAGCCAGGUGUGAGACAGAGGAGAGAACCACCAGGCGUCUUGAGCAGCAAGUGGCCCUGCUCCGGGAGGCAAAGAGAGAGGCAGAUGAAAGGAGCAUGACACUGCAGGCCGAGUGCCACCACUCCAUGACAGAGCUGCAGCAGAUGGACCAGGAUUUUAUGGCAGCCCAGGCUCUGCAGCUGCAGCGGGCCAGCUCCUGCGAUGCUCUGUUAGCAGCAGCAGCAGCAGCAGGGAGGGAGGAGGAGGAUGGCACAGGGAUGGAGCUCACCCAGCUCCUCGACCAAAUCAGAGCGCAGUGCAACCAGAGCAGACCGACGGGCCUGGCUGAGAGACACCUUGGCCUGGGAACAGUCUCAGAUCCAGCUCCUGGCUUGGUGGUGCCUAGCCGAUCUGGAGGUGGAGCAGCAGCAGCAGCUUCCAGAACACACCGAAGAGCUCUUACUGAGGAGGAGGCAGCAUGGGCGCAGGUGAGCCUUGGAGGAGCUGCCCUGAAGGAGGCACGGGCCGAGCUCGCCGAGGCCAGGAAGCAGUGGCGCUCCCUGCAGGUGGAGAUUGAAACCCUGCAUGCCUUGGAGAAAGGCCUGGAGUGUUCCUUGCAGCACACUCAGGAGCUGUACACAAGCCAGCUGCACGACCUUUCCCAAGUGAUCACCAGGCUGGAGAGCGAGCUGGAGCAGGUGAGGAGUGAUCUGGUCACCCAGCGCCAACGCCACAGCCAGCUGCUCAACACCAAGAUGAGGCUGGAACGAGAGAUUGCCACCUAUAGACGGCUCCUGGAGCGAGAGGAGGGCAGGUACAUGGGUCGAGGUGCACAGCCAUUAGGUUUGCGAACCUGGAGGUCUCCUGUGAUGGAGCCAAAAGAAAAUGGGUCGGAGAACAGCUUCAGUGACUCCGCUGUCACUCCGGACGAACCAAAAUCAGAACCUCUUCCUGAUAUCCCGUCGCUCCUUCCUGCUGACAAUAAACUGAAGAAGAGCCAGCUGUAUAGACAACAAAGCCUGGUGAUACUCACAGAGCCGGAGCAGGAUAAAGAUUUGCCACUGUCCACUGUGAAGACUCAGGAGAUUCUUCAGGGGAACGUGGUGCAGGAGAGUGCAGAAGGUCAUGGCACCAUUGAGACAGAGAAGAUUGACAAGGUGAUAAAGCAGUGGGAGGGCUCCUUCUUCAGAGGGAACCCCAAACUGAGGAAGAAGUCCGUGUCGCUGCGCUUUGACCUGCACAUGGCCGCAGCAGACGAGGGCUGUGCCCAAACCAAACACGACAGCCUCCCUGACGUGGAGGUGCGUCUCAUCAUGAAAAGGUCCCGCAGCAUCUCAACCAUCACGCAGUGACUCUCUCGCUUUAAGAACACAGUUUGUAGCAGUAUGUGGUAACCCCAGAGAUGGUGAGGAUGCAAAUGAAACAGUGCCGAUCCCAACCUCUGGGAUGCAACCAUCCAUUACCAUCAUGCUUUCAAAUGCAACAUUCACUAAACUUAGCAUCCUAGCUCAUGACUCAAUUUACUUGUCAGACCCUGGCUCUGGCAGGUUAAGUGUUAUAAAUGAGGCUUUUGUGGUGACCGUUUCGAUAGAGCCAGAAAUAGUUACACUCUCUGCAGUACAAUGUUAAACACACUUCUACGUCAUCAGUUCAGAGAAAGAGAAAGUGUCUCCCACUGUUUCAGACUUUACUGCAUAAUGGACAAUACAGACGAACAUUUAUGUUUAGUCUCAGCAAAACCCGGUGUGAAGGUAGGAGGAGAUUACUGGAAGCAGACCUGUUCAAGCAGCUACAAACAACCUGAGGGUGCAUUUAAGUGGUGGAUUUUUAGUAUAAGACUGUGUGAAAUUAUAUAGAUGUCCAAACAACAUCUCACACGAUUUUAGUUUUUUGCCCAUGUCAACAGCAAACAUAGCUAAAAUCUGUAUUUAUUUUUUCAGCUUUAUUCCAUUUCAAAAGUCAUAAUCUAAAAGGUUCCACUUUAUGGACUUUUUCACAAGAUUACAUAAUUGUUUUGAAUUCUAAACAAAAUAGAAGGGAUACAUUUUAAUCAGUAUUGUUGACAGGAUUACAGUAGAACAACCGCACAUUUAGCCUUUAACAAGAAGUGGGAAAAAUGUUAUCUACUUUCUUUGUCUGACUGAGUCAUUGAUAUUUCUGAAUGAAGAAUAGACAUUUUAAUCAAUAAAAAGAGGCCAAUUUAAACAGAUUUUGCUGAGCCUUAUGAAGACAAACAGGAAUCUUAUCAGCUAGUGAAGUAAAAGUUGGCAUUCGCAGAGGACAAGAUUACCAGGAUACCCAUAGCACUUUCACUUUUUUGUGUUUUAUGGUUAUACAGAAAAUGUAGUGGAUCCUUUUAAUAUGCUGAUCCAAUGAUCAUAUGUUUCCUCUUGUUCAAUGACACUUUAUCCUUGGUCAUUUACUUUGAUUUCCAACACAAGUCUUUGCAGCUCUACUCAUAGCAGCCCAUUUCAGGGCAAAGGAAUGAUCAGUUAGAAACCAAGAAUUACAGAAAAAAUUGUCAAUCUUGUUUAAAUAGUGAAUUUAAUUUAAUGAAAUAGAAACAACAUCUACAAAUUGUUACAUCAUUAAAACAUAAAUGUCUAACAUUUUUAAGAUUACAUCUGAUCACUUUUUAGUGAUGAUGCACUGUUACACAAGAGCAGCCCAGAUUCAGGGCUUGUAGCACACACCAAAAAUUGUAAAAAUAAAAAUACGCAAUCGGAUUUCUGUGCUAACAAUUAUGCCACCAUGCAGCCCACUCCAGUAACGUUUAACUUUUCUUUACAUAAUCAGUCCAUGUUUUACAUUCUAGGGGUAUAACCCCGCUACAGUAUUGUAGCCUCCAAAAUGUUAUCUCAAAGGCAUGUGUCGCGCUUUUCAAACUCUAUCAGUCCAUCUACAGUUACUUUUCUCACUUGUUCUUUUUCUCUACUUUAAGGCAACACUACACAUGGUGAAUGAACGGGUUCUUAAAAUACUAAUAUACUGUUCACGUUCAUUCAUUUGAAUCAGACACAGACAUAACAAGUCGCAGUUGCAGCUAAUUAAAGUAUUUCAAAUGGAGAGAAUGUUUUUGGUAGCUGAGAAGAGUUCCACCUCUACAUUCAUGAAAUUCGUCCAGUUUUCCUGUGUAGCAGGAUAUUUAGGGAAAGCAGAAGUGCUCCCUUCAUACUUUAAGUGUGUUACCAUUAAGCAGCCGCUCAUACAUUUGAGAGGUCUUCUUGGCAAGAAAACAAAAUAUUCUCUGUUUGCAGCCAUAACCAGAAAACAUGCUUUUUGUAAAGGUUUUUUUUUCUUUGAAAAACCUGCCUCUAAAAAUAUGACAUUGCUCUUUGUCACUGCAAGUUUAUCAAGCAGUGUUUUGUUUAAGUUUUUUAUAAUGUUAACAGUGAGAACCAUUGCUUAUAUUUAGCAAGUCUACAUGUGAGUUUUCCUAUAUGGGAAUUUGUUGUGCUACUUCUGCGACAUUGAAUAACACAGUGAGGAUGAAAAUGUCCAUCUUCCUACUUGGUUUUGAAAGUUAGGUAAUGUUAACAAAAACGAUUUUUCUAAAUAAAAUAUAGAAAACAGGGUAGGACUGGGAGAGAAACAUUAGCUCAUUUCUUUCUGGAGUGAGGUAUCCUGUAAUUCCUCUCCCUAGUCACAGUUAAUGCAGCAUGAUUGUUUGGUUGGGGAAAACAUGGAGAUGCUGAGAUAGUCCUGUCAUAUCAUAGAAGCUCUGACUGAAAAAUGUUUAGUCCUAACGAUCUGAAAAGUUGAGGAAUAAUGAUGAAUGUCCUAACCUAGUAAUUUUCUUGCAGUCCUGAAACGUUUUGCGGUGCAAUCCCACACAGCCUGUAAGAACAUCUGUACUGAAAGAUAUUCAGAGUUCGUCUGCGCUUUCAUGGUCCUUUGUGAAUGCAGGUAAUUCUCAAACUAAUAAUGUGGAUAUAAUAUAAACACUGUGAUCUUAACAGCAGCGUGGCUUUGCAACUUACAAUGUCUUUCACUGAGAAUUUAGCUUCCCCAUCUUAACCAGUAGAGGUCAGCGUUUAUUAAGAUUUACCACUGCAAUGACUCCAUCUUACUGUAUCUGUGCCACCAUGGAUUUAGAGAUUUAAUGCUAAGUUUUGAGUUGACCCCAAAGAUGUAUAAGAUUAGGACCUAUAAGCAGUAUUUUAAGGUCCUUUAAGGGUUGAUUAAAGUAUCUGAAUCUAUCUUAUCUAUGCAGUCCUGUGCUUGAUUUUUGCUCAAAUAAAAAAGACAAAUGGGCA